UAUAAUAUAGUGAAUUAUAGUGGGAUGGGCACUGGGAAGAAGUCAGGAAUUAUUUGCUCGUUCUUGUUUUAAUAAUGUUAGUCAUUGCUUAAUUCUUUGUUUGUUAGCGUCACAUGAGUCGGCUUGUGCAAAUACGUUAUUAUUAUUUGACAUGACUUUAGAAGACCCAUUUUACGUCGUCAAAGAUGAAGUGUUCAGAGCACUGAAUAAAACGCGUGGUCUUUACCUGCGCUGGCAAGAGAUCUCAAAAGCGCCCGUCGCGCCAAACAGCCCUGAGGCAGAAUGGACAUCUACAGAGUUGAGGAAUGCACUCCGUAGCAUCGAGUGGGACUUGGAAGACCUUGAAGACACUAUUAGUAUAGUUGAGAAGAAUUCGUCCAAAUUUAAGAUUGACAAUAAAGAAAUUAGUGACCGAAGGACAUUUAUAGAAGCCACCAAGCAAGAAGUUAAGGUGAUGAAAAGCAAGAUGAGCCUCAAUAGGCACCGCGAUAACGACGGAACGGCCCGCGAGCCUCUCCUGGGCGAAGAGAGCCCCAUGCAUUUCGGAAACACUUGGACUUCCACGCCCAAGUACUCCAAGUACUCCAAACUAGCGAACCAGACCGACAGCCCCAACCGCUUCGAUGCUUACGAUAGUGACAUCAUGUCCAUGCAAGAGAAGAUGCUGAUGAGCCAGGAUGAGCAGCUCCACGUCAUCAGCAGCUCAGUUGGAUCUUUGAAGACUGUCUCCAAACAAAUCGGGAUUGAACUGGAUGAGCAGGCUGUGAUGCUGGAUGAUUUGAAUACAGAGUUAGAAAACGCGGACUCCAAGUUAGAUUCAACGCUUAAAAAGGUGGCAAGAGUUCUUCACAUGAACAAUGAUCGACGACAAUGGAUGGCAAUUGGCAUACUGAUCGUUCUUCUAGUGAUUAUAUUAAUUCUAUUUGUUAUCAUGUAAAUACAUUAUACCUCUAAACUUUGACAUGAUAUUAUUAUAGAUCAAUGUUACUAAUUUGGUUGUACACAUACUCUUAACUAAAUUAGAUUAGGCAUAAAGUUAGUGUCAUCCAUUGAGCUAAUUUAGUAUCUAUAGUGCAAUCACACUUCACACUAUCACACUAAAAUAUUAUAAAGUCGAAAGUUUGUGUGUAUGUGUGUAUGUUUGUUACUCUUUCACGCAAAAACUACU